ACUACAAUCAUACAAUAUGUUUUUGGCGAAUCAGUACAGUUCACAUUCCACAAAAAAAUAUUGGAAAAUGGAAAAUGAGAAAAACAUUGCAAGGUUUAUAUUUUACAAAACCAACACAUGAAAUGCCACUGCAUAUAGAACAGAUAGUCUUCAUGGCUCUUGCAAAUGAAAUACCAAAUAUGCAGAGCAAAUAGUCUGUAUGACUUUAGCAAUUGAAGUAACAAUACAACCUUGCAAAUUUGCAGUGCCUUUCUUCCAGUAAAAUAAUUUUUACAUGAUUCACUAAUCAUCCGUGAACGAAGAUUAAGAAAAAACAAAAAAGGACUGAGACCUAGAGUCAGAGUGUUACCAUAAAAAAAGAAAGAUGCUCUUAUGAAUCUAGAUAUCAGAACUUGUACUUGCAGAAGGGUUACAAACAGAAUCACGAGAACACAAGGUGUAAAAGCAAUAUGGGAACAACAUCCUUGCAAGCUUUUCAAGAUUCUGUUGCCGCUGCUAUAUUAUAGCAUGAUGUGUUUGCGAGGUCCUACCCUGUUUCAUGUAAGAGACCAUGCAGCCACUCCAGUAUUCAUACAACAAUAGAAAAUCAGAAAUGCUACACAUACCUUUACUUGGUGUUAGUCUUGUGCUAUUGCUCUUCUUGGCCUCUCCUGCCAGCUCCUGCAAAGAAGAGGAGAAGACAUCCCUCUUCGAGUUCCUCAAUGGUCUCUCUCAAGCCUCUGGCCUCACCAGUUCAUGGCAGAAUGACACAAACUGCUGUCUAUGGGAGGGUGUCAUUUGCAAUGGAGAUAGAACUAUCAUAGACAUCUCACUAGCUGCUAUGGGCCUUGAGGGGCACAUAUCACCCUCACUUGGCAAUCUCAACGGCCUGUUGAAGCUCAACCUAUCUGGCAACUUGCUCUCCGGUGGACUCCCAUCGACACUGUUGCUCUCCAGCAGCAUUACUGUCCUCGAUGUCAGCUUUAACAAGCUCAGUGGAGAAUUCCAUGAGCUGCAAUCCACGCCUAACAGCGCGAUGAAGGUAAUGAACAUCUCGAGUAACUUCCUCACAGGAUAUUUUCCAUCCACCACAUUGGAGGGCAUGAAGAAUCUGGCUGCUCUCAAUAUGAGCAAUAAUAGCUUUGCUGGGGAAAUUCCGAGCACAAUUUGUGUUGACAAACCAUUCUUUGUGGUCCUUGACCUUAGCUACAACCAGUUCGUUGGUAGAAUACCCUCAGAGCUUGGUAAUUGCUCUGGUUUGAAAGUGCUUAAGGCUGGCCAGAACCAACUCAAUGGGACCCUUCCAUCUGAGAUCUUCAAUGUUACCUCACUAGAGCACCUCUCUUUCCCUAACAACCAUUUGCAAGGAACACUUGAUCCUGAGUGUAUAGGAAAACUCAGAAAUUUGGUCAUCCUUGAUCUUGGGUGGAAUGGACUAAAUGGCAAGAUCCCGAAUUCUAUUGGGCAGCUCAAGAGGCUGGAGGAGCUUCACUUAGACAAUAACAACAUGUCUGGAGAGCUGCCACCAGCCCUUAGCAGUUGCUCAAAUCUCACAACCAUCAUCCUUAAAGACAACAACUUCCAAGGAGAUCUCAACCAUGUCAACUUCUCCACCCUGUCUAAUCUAAAAUUUUUAGAUUGCAGGUCAAACAAAUUCACUGGAACAAUUCCAGAGAGCCUCUACUCCUGCAGCAACCUUAUUGCGUUGCGAUUAUCUUUCAACAACCUUCAUGGUCAAUUUUCAUCAGGGAUAAACAAUCUCAAGUCCCUCAGAUUCCUAGCUCUCGCUCACAAUAGUUUUACAAAUAUCAGAAAUACACUUCAAAUCCUCAGUAAGUCCAGGACACUCACUCUCGUGCUGAUUGGGGGCAACUUCAAGCAUGAGACCAUGCCAGAUGAUGAUGAAUUUCAUGGCUUUGAGAAUCUCAUGGGUCUUGGCAUAAAUAAAUGUCCACUGUAUGGGAAGUUACCUAACUGGCUGGCUAAGCUCAAAAACUUGCGAGCUUUACUAUUAGACGAUAACAAACUCAGUGGACCAAUACCAGCCUGGAUUAAUAGCUUAAACCUUCUUUUCUAUCUAGACAUAUCCAAUAACAAUCUCACUGGUGACAUACCAACAGCACUGAUGGAGAUGCCAACGCUUGAGGCAGCUCACUCUGCCCCAAUAAUACUUAAGUUUCCUGUCUACCUGGCACCGUUUCUUCAAUACCGUACAACCAGUGGCUUCCCUAAAAUGUUGAAUCUAGGAAACAACAAAUUCAACGGUAUAAUUCCUCCAGAGAUUGGCCAGCUACAGGCACUCCUUACACUCAACUUGAGCUUCAACAACUUACAUGGGGAGAUCCCACAAUCAGUCGGCAACCUCACCAAUCUGCAGGUGCUAGACUUAUCCUACAAUAAUUUGACCGGUGAAAUCCCUUCUGUGCUGGAGAGGCUUCACUUCCUUUCCAAAUUCAACAUUUCCAGCAACGAUCUAGAAGGGCCUGUUCCAACUGGGGGCCAGUUUAGCACAUUUCCAGACUCUAGCUUUUUUGGAAACCCAAAGCUGUGCGGCGCUACGCUGAUGCGCCACUGUAAUUCAGCAGAUGCAGUUCCAGUCACCGAUGUCUCCACGGAAGAGUACGCCGAUAAGGUCAUCUUUGCGGUGGCCUUUGGUAUGUUCUUCGGUGUCGGAGUGUUGUACGACCAGAUGUUCCUGUUCAGAUACAUUUAUUUUGGCUGAAGCUACUUGAGUAGAAGUGUAGUACAAUAAUGUAUUAAUGUGUCCUUGUUAUGGAUACACAGUGUACAUAACAGAACCUAACAAUAAACAGACAUAGCUUCAAACUUGAGUAAUGCAAUCGAGCGGCGCCAGCAGCAGGCAGCAAGAUUAGCACAUCUCAUUGUUAGCGACAUUUAGCCCAUGCCCUCCACUCGAUGGAUGGUAUGAGUGGAGGCGCAGAAUAAUCUGUACUGAAAUAAACUCAAAUGGGAGUAUGUAGUCACUGGACUAUGUUGAUUUACUGAGUUAAUGCGA